CGUUCACGGAGUGUCAUCACGUUCGUGUUCGCUUCGCAUUGUCGAAACGAACCUCUCAUAUUCGCCGGACAUCAUAUCACAAACUUACAUGUACUCCGAUAUUUCCCGCAACACAAUAUCAAUUGCCCUGUUUCCCGUGCUUUUUUUAUUAUUGGUCAAACGUUUCGCGCACUUUGUAUCAUUUAAAAACCGUGGUUGUAUUUGCGAUAUCGUGUGGUAAAAAGAGUGCACGGCGGGACAAAAGAUAGCGUCUUUUUCGUUGCUGUUUCGCGCAUCUGUCACGAGAUCAGUGAUCCAUUCGGCACGGAAAACAUGUAAGAGGAAACACGGUCUAAAGGAAGAGAAAAAAAAGAGAAAGCCGGCGUGUUCUGGAACUGGGAUCGUCCGACACAGCGAUCGAAUCGGAUCACGGACAACGUUCGAUCUCGAUCUGUCAGCCUCGGGAUCAACUGUCGAUGCGAAUCCUCGAUCGAUAUCGACGCUCGUAAGAAUGCGUGGCUGAAACGGGAGCGACGGACAACCUUGUCUUUUCUUUUUUUUCCAUCGCACAACGAACCAUCCACGAAAGUCAGCGAGCCAUCGAAUUGCGACCAAAGAUGCGGCCCGUCGUGAAGACCUUCUUACUCGUACCGUUGCUGCUUGUCGCGUGGCAAAACGGCGCGCAGGCCAACUGGUGGUACCUCGGUGUGGAGCCUCGGCUGAACAGCGGAUCGGGUUCUGGAAGCGGUGCCGAAGGCCAGGCGCAGAUCGUCGGCGCGGGUGUGAUCGGGCCGGCGAGCGCCGAAAAAAACUGCAAGAGCGUGCACCUGACCGCGAAGCAGCAGACGAUAUGCUCCCGCUCGCCGCCGGUCUUGCAGGCAGUCAGCGCAGGCGCGAGAUUAGCCAUCGAAGAAUGUCAGCACCAGUUCCGAUCCGCCAGAUGGAACUGCUCCAUCAGCUCGGAAAAUCCGGACAACAUUUUCGGCGGCGUGAUGCUAGUCAACAGUCGUGAGGCAGCGUUCGUGUACGCAAUAUCGGCGGCGGGGGUUGCCUACAGCGUUACCAGAGCCUGCUCCAGGGGCGAACUCACCGAUUGCUCGUGCGACAACCGGGUCAGAACACGCCACCCGAAUAAUUGGGAAUGGGGCGGCUGCAGCGAGGACAUCCACUUUGGAGAGAAGUUUUCGCGAGAAUGGUCAGAUGGUGGUGAAGAACCUGUGAAGGAGGGUGUGCUGCAUGGACCGAAAGGGCUGGCUGGCCAGCUGAUGAGGAAGCACGAUAGCGAAGCUGGCAGGCGCGCAGUCCGUUCAAGAAUGCAACGCGUGUGCAAGUGUCACGGUAUGUCUGGCUCGUGUAGUGUCCGCGUUUGUUGGAGAAGAUUACCAGCGUUCAGGGUGGCUGGAGCAGCACUAGCCGCGUUGCACGAAGGUGCAGCGUUGGUACGACUGGCACAACGUGGCGGAAGAAGACCGGCAAGAUUGAGGCCUGCCCGCCCAGACCUUAAACGACCUAAUAAAACGGACCUAGUGUACCUCGAAGACAGCCCUGACUACUGCGAAAAAAAUAUCACCCUUGGUAUUCCCGGGACAAGAGGAAGGAUAUGCAACCGAACGUCCCUCGGAUUGGACGGAUGUCGAUUACUAUGCUGCGGUCGGGGCUACCAGACGAGAGUACGGGACGUAACCGAAAGAUGCAACUGUCGGUUCGUCUGGUGUUGUCACGUGAAGUGCGAGCUGUGUCGGCACAAACGGGAGGAGCACGUAUGCAAUUAGGCGGUGAACAAAAGAAGAAAAAAGAAAAAAAGAAAGCGAAAAAUUGCAUUCCGGUCGGCCUAUCUACCGAAAGGUGCUUAACGACCCUCUGCGUCGAGGCAGUUUCUCCACGAUCCCUCGAUACACGAUGGCCCGUUCUCAUGGUCGCGACGGAAUCACGGUAGAAACCGCGUAUCUACCACCCCGUAUAUUUUUUUUAUUUUUUUUUUAUUUUGUAUUUUUUCUUUAAGUUAAUUCAUCGAGGCCGAUCUGACUCCUGAUAUGGGCGUCAGUCACGAGCCGAGUAGAGAAAACUGCCGCGAGAGGCUACGUAGUGUGACAUGUUACGUUAUAGUGCAUUCUGUACCUGACAGUCAGAGUGUCAUAAGU